AUGGCUAGAAUAGGAAGGAGAGGAAAGGGUCCUAAAGAAUCGGCUGUCAGGUUGGACGGUGAUGGCGAUGACACGCCUUCUAAAUUACUUUCAUCGAUGUUGAAGACGCUAAAUUUGUCAUUUGAGCGAGAUAUUGGGAUGCUUGAUGGGAGAUCCGUGAGAACUGUACCGCCAAGGAAGACUUUAGUGGAAUUACAGGAGCAAUUGGAUGGGUUGAAUAAAUUAUUUGGAGAUAUUGUGAAAAGUGAUCAAGAGACAAUCGACGCCAUUGUCAAGAUAAGGAAUUCUAAAAACAAAGAACGAGAUUCGAAGAAACAGAAACAAUUUGAUCUUCCGAAGGGCCCAAAGGCUCAACAACAACGAUUGAAGAGUUUGCCAACAGGUCCUGCGGCAUUAGUAAAAUCAGAGACUAGUAAAGAAUCGUCAAACGAUGCAGAUCAAUCUGUCUCUAGUGUUGGUAAUCUAAUAGAAUCCAAACCAUUACUUACAAAUGGUAAUUCAAAUGAGAAAUUAAAUGAUAUUUCCCAAGAUGUACAAUUGAAGGAUAAUAAAGAAAAAGAACUCUCAACUGUAAUAUCAACGCCGCUUGAGUCAAAUGAUCGAGAGGCGAGAAUAGAUUUAGACGUCGAUCCUGAAAAGCAAGAUGAAUUAGAAAGAGAGCCAAACAAAGUAGAGUCAUUGACAGUGCAUGAUGCUUCUGAAAAAUCGAAGAAAAGGUCAGUAUCUCCCACCGGCGCCAGUUCAAACGAACCUAAUUUAAAGAAACCAAGAUCUGAAGAAGGUGCACAAAAACACACUCUUGACACACAUAUAAUGGAAAAUGAUCCAUCAGUAAAGAAUCCCAAGUCUGAAUUUGUCGUUUCGCAAACCUUACCUCUGGCGGCUGCAGCAUUGGGAUUAUUUAAUGAAGAAGGGUUGAAAAGUACAGGUGAAGAUUUUUUGAAAAAGAAAUAUAAUGUUGCUAGUUAUCCAACAAACGACCUGAAGGAAUUACUUCCUGGUGAACUUCCUGACAUGGAUUUUUCUUGUCCCAAACCCACGAAUCAAAUUCAAUAUAGUACAUUUUUGACCUCUGUGGAGAACUUCUUGAAAUAUUUAACAGAAGAAGAUGCCAAAAUAUUGAAAGAAAAAUAUAUUAUACCUAAUGUUUUGCAAAUGGAUAAGACAUAUGACCCUGAAGUGACACCUUUCGUUAUACCCAAGUUAGGGCCAUUAUAUAGUCAUGUUUGGUUUAAAGAAGAUGAUAAUAAGAAUAUCGCCAACACGUCACCACCGCCACUAAACGAUCCUUCAAGCAUAUUACCCAAAAAGAGUGCGGGUGACAUUAAUGAUGAUAUGUUGGAAUCGGAAGAAAUUUCUUGUGGUCCCCUGGUAUCAAGAUUAUUAUCGGCUAUCUUAAAGGAGGAUAAUGUAUCUGUGCAUGCGACUCCCAAUAGUAUCAAGAAGGAACAAGAAGAUGGGAGUGAUAAUGAAAUGAAAGAUAUGGAUGAUUCUAAAUCAAUAACGAGUGUCCAAACACCAAAUACUGAAGCAGAUGAUGAGAUGCUAAACCGUUUAAUUAAAAAUGGUACCACGAGUUCGUUGCCAAACGCUGAGGAUUGGGAGAUCAAUAAUGUUAAUUUGGAUUACCCAACUUUUGAAGAAAGGUUGAAAAGGGAGCUCAAAUAUGUGGGUAUUUAUAUGAAUAUGCCUAAGGAUGAAAACUCUGAUAAGGAUGAUUUAGAUUGGAUCACUGGACGAGAAGACGAUGAAAUUAGUGCGGAGUUAAGAGAAUUACAAAACUCUUUAAAACAGGUCACUGCAAGAAAUCAAAAGAGGAAACAUAUAUUGAUCCCACUGUUAGAAAGGCAAUUGGCAUGGCAAGAAUAUUCAUCAAUCUUGGAUGAUCUUGAUAAGCAGAUUGAUCAAGCUUACAUUAAGAGAAUAAGAGUACCCAAGAAAAGGAAGAAGCAUCACGGUUCUGGAAGUGUGGUCGGCAAUUCGGGAUCCGCAUCCCAACUUGCACAACAGAAGGCGGCUAAUUCAAGUCUUAAAGCCCUACUUGAUAAGAGACAAAGAUGGAUGGACAAGAUCGGUCCUCUUUUUGAUAAGCCUGAAAUAAUGAAACGUAUACCCAAGGACUCUGUAUUUAAGAACAUGGACCAAGAGAACGAUAAUGAUAAUGAGGAAGAAGAUGAAGAAGAAGAUACUGAUGUGUUUGAUCAGAACGGCAACAACAAGGACGUGGAGUUGGCUGAAAACCAAUAA